AUGGGCGCUGAGAUGGAUCACCAUCCCGAGACCGAGCUCAACGCGCAAUUUCGUCAACAGCGCGUCACCGGAAUGCCGUCAACAGUUGGAAGCAGUGAUUUCGGAGCAGAAUGUCAGUCCAGGCGGCGCUCACUCUCGACGUUGAGUUUGAGCUCGUCCGUCGUCUCGUCUGCGCCAUCAGGAUCCGGGAGCGAGGCGGCGCAGUCAAGCGCGGACGAGCGUAGGCUGUCACUCAGGGACUUUCUCCUCGGUGACAGGGAGGCUUCCAUCAAUUGGGAGAGCGAAGAUGAUGACAGUACUACCCUGAAUGAUGAGGGCGAAGAUGAGGACCAGGCAGGGCAGGACAUCGAUGCGUCCCUCACUGUAAACAACAUAGAUAGUUCGCGGACCCUCUUCCGGGGGAACCUAUUUUGGCAUCUACUGCUCGGUUAUUACUUCGUCUACACCAACAUUUCCAUCCUUCCUCUCGGUACUCGCCUUCAUGUUGCAACAGCCAAUGUUGCUGUCGUCACUCUAGGUCCGGAGCUGCUAUGGCUCAUGCGCACUGCUCACCGCGCUCGUACGUUUGGCCUUCUCCAUAUCGCUGUGAAACUCUACACGGCCCUCAAUUGCCGAAAGGUGGCAGCCGUACUCGGUCUCCUGUCGAUCGUCUCCUCUCAAGUGGCUAGAAGGGCGCCGUCUCGGUCUCCAGCAUCCAUCCUACAAAGCUUGGCCGGCUCUCAAGUUACUUCAUCUACGUUGAGAGUCGACUCUAUGGCCACUUUCACUCCCAUUACCUUAUUCGCGUCGGCCGCUUUAAUUACUUCGCGCAUACUCCCAAUAAUACUCGUUCCCAUCUCAAGCAUCGCCAUCUCAGCAAGUUUCUGCGCUGCAUGUGCCCUCUAUCCGAAUCUAUAUCACCCCACCACUCUCCUCAGUACCUCACUCAUCGCCCUACUCCUCGGACUUCGGGUAGAGAUGGUAGCACCUCUCAGCACGGCCGCCCCAGUCCCCUUGGUUGCACCCGGAUCGAGACCACAAACACCUGACUUGAGUGACCCACGGACAAGAUUGACACAUAUGCAGCAGGUCUGCGGGAUCUAUACGGUCGAUCCAGGAAGCAAAGUCAGGCGCAAACAACGCGACUGUUCACCUAACGAACGCGCUGUUUGCAUCGAUCGGAUCAUUCAGCACCCGGUAGCACAUCCCACAGACGAUCAUACUUCCUUCUUUAUGGAGUGGUAUCUACAAGGCAGCAAACUAAACCAGAGUGUUUGCAAUGUUGCUUAUCGGAAGCGCGGCACGCUGAGUAUGGACAAGUUCGACCUCUGA